CGGUGCUUUUAUGUUAAACGGAUCGAGUUUACCGCCAUGAUCUGAUCAGCUAUCGGUGCCGCCGGAAUAUCAGUAUUUAAGAUUGCAUACAACCCUCAUGUACACGAUUUUUCACUCGGUAUGGAAUGGCAUAAUAUAUCGUUCUAUGAAAAAUACGGCUGUCGUAAUCCAGUCGUUCGGUCAGCAUGGCUCAAUGUAACCACGCAUAUUUAAGAAGGAGGAUGUCGCGAAUCCUAUAAACGCCGAUUUCUCGUUAAACAUGUGAACUCUUUUUCUGCGACGCACACCCACAACGUACACGUAUAUAUUUACAUAGAUUUACAUAUAUAUAAGCAUAUAUGUAUAUAUAUGUAAAUUUAGAUGACUGUAAAUAAUGGUGUUUUGGGCUAUCGUUUAUUUGAUAGCGAUAUUUCUGCGUUUCAGUUCCAUACAAGCAAAAUCAGAGUCUCAUGGUUACUGUGCUCCAUAUAGUGGAGAGAUCUGUAAAAAAUAUCUUGCUGGUAUUGGGAAAGUAUGGUUCAAUGAUUCCAAGGACAAUCCUGGUGGAUUGUUAAAUGAACAGAUUACUACAGAUCUUUGGGAUGAACUGAUACUAAGACUUGUGGAGCCAUGUCGUUCAGCAGCAGAGAAAAUGCUAUGCAUGUAUGCAUUUCCUCUGUGUCACGAGUCAGUAGGUUUACCUUUGUGUUACGAAGAUUGCAUGGCCAUACGUCUUCAGUUUUGCUUCACCGACUGGGCUAUUAUCGAGGACAACAAGCAACGAGACAUUUACAUUCGCUCACGUGGACAUUUUGUGCUACCUGAAUGUGAGAGUUUGCCCAAAGUAAAUAAAACGGUGCCUGCGUGCUCGCACGUGCACCUGACUGACAUGGAUGAGGAGGAUGUAACUUAUGAUUGUAUCAGAGGUAACGGUAGAUUUUACAUGGGGAAGAUAAAUAAAACCAAAUUCGGACUGAACUGUCAAUCAUGGAGCGCACAAAUACCACACAGCCACGAUAAGCCUCCUGAUGUCUUCCCGCAGAUUCGUUACGGCGAGAAUUACUGUAGAAACGCGGGCGGUGACGAACCAAUGCCAUGGUGCUUCACGACUGAUACUUCAAUACGCUGGCAACAUUGCGAUAUUCCUGUAUGUGAUAAUGUUACAAGUAAAGUAUUAGAAGGUGAACCGAACGAUCCAGAGAUGGAAAUGUUGGUCACACCAGCGAUGAUAUUCAUGCUGUCGUUCGUGGGCUUCGCAAUUGUAGUUGGCAUAUUUCUCUUUGUCCUGUUCAUUAUGCUAAGCCAAAAAUUGCACAAACGCCAACGGGGCUACAACCCGACUGAUAAUCAAGAUGUGAACAUUGACCUGGACAAAUUGCCAAAUAACGAAGCCUAUCACAAGACGAGCGCGCAGCUGAAUCCGAAACUGGAGAAGCUCGAGUUCCCGCGGAACAAUAUCAUUUACGUUCGUGACUUGGGGCAAGGUGCGUUUGGCCGCGUGUUCCAAGCGAAAGCGCCAGGACUGGUGCUGGGCGAGGAGUUCACUAAUGUCGCUGUGAAGAUGCUGAAGGAGGAGGCGUCGGAUGACUUACUAGUGGACUUUGAGCGGGAGGCGUGUCUGCUUGCCGAAUUUGACCACCCGAAUAUCGUAAAGCUGCUCGGCGUGUGUGCAUUGGGGCGACCCAUGUGCUUGUUGUUCGAGUACAUGGGCCGCGGCGAUCUGAACGAGUUUCUACGCUCUUGCUCGCCGAGUAGCUACGUCAUCCGUAGCACGCAAGACCGUGAGGACGGCAGCGCGAUGGAUUCGCGGCUCUCGCACAUGGACCUGAUCAACAUCGCGUUGCAGGUGGCAUCCGGCAUGGUAUAUCUGUCCGACCGGAAAUUUGUACACCGCGAUCUCGCCACGCGGAACUGUCUGAUAAACGAUCAAAUGAUCGUGAAGAUCGCGGAUUUCGGGCUGUCGCAGAAGAUUUAUCUGCAGGAUUAUUAUAAAGGUGACGAACAGGACGCCAUACCUGUGAGGUGGAUGCCGCUCGAAAGCAUACUUUACAACAAGUAUACUGUCGAAUCUGACGUGUGGGCGUUCGCAGUGUGUCUCUGGGAGAUCUUCAGCUUCGCGCUGCAACCGUAUUAUGGGAUGACGCACGAAGAAGUGGUCAAGUACAUUAAGGAGGGCGAUGUAUUACGCUGCCCUGACAAUACGCCUCAGUCUAUAUACUAUCUGAUGAAGCUCUGCUGGAACCGGCGACCGUCUGACCGUCCUACCUUCCGUACGAUCUACCAGACUCUCGAUGGCAUCAAGCAUGAACUGGAGGCGGAGAACAAGUCGGACAGCGUCCCGCUACGCAUUCGCGUGUGAAGGAUCAAGCUGAUGAUGAGGAUGACGAUGAUGGUAUCGGCCUCUCUUUCUCUCUCUCUCUCUCUCUCUCUCUUUCUCUCUCUCUUUCUCUAUCUCUCUCGAUAAUGGCGCCUCAUCGAUUAAGAUCGUCGAUUAAAAGUAAGCGACAUCACUUGUGUGUGCGUGUGUGCGUGUAACUACACUUCAUGUUUAUACAUUUUCAGGUAAGUAACUUCGUGUUGUACUAUAAAUGUGACAUGGAAUGCCUUCUUAGUUGGAUUCGCUCGGACGUGUCGCGUCGUGCGGAAUGAGAAAUGGACCAAUUACACUUGUGGAAGACUUGCGAGACGGAAGACGCGAUAUUUUCACGAUGCGUUCAUAUUUCUUCGAGAGCAUUUUAUCGCUGCUUCUGAGACGGUCGUCUGUCUGUAUCGGGACAUAUGAUACUACUCUUUCAUUCUCAGAAAUCACACUCAUCGUCUUCUUUUUUCUUUCUUUCUUUUUUUUCUUGAUAUCGUGUUAUCAAGUCUAAAUCGUUUUUCACUCGCUCGUUUCCACUUGACGUUCGAUUACGCUUCCAGUUAUGCAUCCGGAGUUAUUAAGCAACGCUUUUCCAAUGUGUGAGAUAUUACCGAGUCUGUACAAAUAUGUAAAAGUGAUGUGGCUAUAAAAGUGCAUUUACAGUUAGCGACGUUACGCAGAAUGAUCUUCGUGAAGUUUCAUCUGUGUUUCAGAUCGAGAUAAUUCCUAGGAUUGUUGUGACUGAGAAAGUUCGCGUGAACACGGGUCCGACUUUUGAAUACUUUGAAGCGACUUCUUUACUUAGAACGAUCCAUCCAGAGGAAUUGUCCUCCGAAACGCCGAUGAAACCUAGCGGAUCGUUCGAUAUUUAGAGGCUCCUUCAUUGUUAGACAUUAGGUUGUUAGAUCGUUCGCUGUACCAAAAAAAAGUAAGUGAGAAACGAUACAGAUAAAUGAGACCUAUUUAAUGUGCUGAAAUUAACGAGAGAAAAAUUAUGAGGAAUGUUAAGCAAUAGCGAAUCAUUAAAUGAGUGUGUGCACACCGUGGAGUUGUUAUAAAUUAAGAUGCUGAGAUCAUCAGCGUUACGCGAUGUUCUAGCACGAGGAUAAAACGGUGUUGCGAAACCUCUACUACAAUUUCAGAUUACGUAUUCAGCGUUUGCAGCGCGUGUAAUCUUUUUGAUACCAUUUAUUAUUAUUUAAUGCCUAAUGUACUUUGUAAAGAUUUUUACACGAGUAGUUGAAUUGUGUAUUAUAUUGGAUCGAGUCAUAGGUAACUUUAACUAUGUUAUCUUACUAAUUCUUAAUCUUACUAAUCUUAUCUUUUAAAAUGGAAUUUAAUACAUAUAUGUAUAUAUACAUAUAUACAUAUAUACAGGGUGUACCAAAAGUCUGGAAACAGUCGAAUAUUUCAUAAACUAUGCAUUUUAAAAAGAAAUGUUUCAGACAAAAAUUAUCUGGUUCGAGGGGGGAUAUAAAAUGGUGUCAUUGGAUUGACUUUGAGUGAACAUUCCAAGGUUAUACGGAGUUCAACUUUGUUUUUUUAAAUAGGACUCCCUAUUUUUCAUUACAUAUUCUUAUAGCUCAUCUCGAGAACUUUCCAAAACUAACUAACUAUAAAUAAGUUAUGUUUUAUUGAGUAUUUUCCGAGUUAUAGGGAAAGUUACAAUACCGCCGGCAUUAAUCAAAGUGUACCGCGUGAAGGUUGCACGAUUGGAUUUACACCUCUUGUGUAUGUGUGUGUGUCACAGCAGAGAUAAGGACCCCACAGUUCGUCAAUCCUGUAGUAUUUAAUGACUCCAAACGCUCUGCUGUGUAUGUGUGUGCGCGCGUGCGUGCGUGUAUAUGUGUGUGUGUAAGGGUGUGUGGUUUAGUUGAGUAAGUGUUCAAAUUGAUCUCCGUCUGCUGCUUGACAAUGGCCUAGCCGUAGAUAAAAAUUAUUUAAAACAUUUCGUCUCAUCUCUGCCGAGAUAAGAUCGACUUGGUGUAUUAUACGUUCCCUAAGAUCCGCAAGGUUGACAGGUUUUGUUUCGUAUACAUUGUUUUUAAGAUAUUCCCAAAAAAAGUAAUCGACAGGAGAAGGAUCUGGUGAUCUAGCAGGCCACUCUAUUUGACCACGUCUUCCUGUCCAUCGGUUUGGAAAAGUAUUAUCCAAAAGUUGCCGUAGACAACAAGAUGGUGCAGGUCUACACUAUACUACUGCAUAGUGCAUAGUGUAGACCUGCACCAUCUUGUUGGAACUAAAUAUUUUCUAUGUUUCCAUUAAACAUAUUUUCAAGAACGGGUAUGACUUCAUUUUGCAAUAGCUCCUAAUAGAUCGCCACGUUCAAAUUCCCAUUAAUGAAGAAUGGUCCGACAAUACCACGUUCGAAAUCAGUUCACGAUCUGGAUAAAUAUUGUUAAAUAAAGCAACUACUUGUUCAUAGGAUCUAACGCGGUCACCGUAUCCUCGCAUCAUCAGUAAAGUAAUUCUUUCUUUCAGACAAUACCAUUCUGGAUGCCAUUGAAAUUUCACUCAGGAUAGGAAAACGUUCGACUACAGGUCAAAUCAGAACGAUUAAUGUAGCAAAACUUUUAUUGGAAAAGAACUAUGAAAAGUAUAAUAAUUUCGAUAUUUGAAUCUUCCCCUAGUCUACGGUCCGCAUUCAUUGAAUCUUCUGUCGAUUCUUUUCAGAAAGAAUUACUGCGAAUGAUGCAAGGAUAUGGUGAUCACGUUAGAUCCUUUGAACAAGUAGCUGCUUAUCUCUGCUGACACACACAUACACAAAAGGUGUAAAUCCAAUUGUGCAACCUCCACUUUGCGGUACACUUUGGCUAAUAACGGCGGUAUUGUAACUUUCAAGCCCCAUAACUCGGAAAAUACUCAAUAACACAUAACUUAUUUAUAGUGUUUUGGAAAGCUCUCGAGAUGAGCUACAAGAAUAUGUAAUGAAAAAUAGGGGAUUCUAUUUAAAAAAACAAAGUUGAACUUCGUAUAACCUUGGAACGUUCACUCAAGAUCAAUCCAAUGACACCAUCUCAUGUCCCCCCUCGAACCAAAUAACUUUUGUCUGAAACAUUUCUUUCUAAAAUGCAUAGUUUAUGAAAUAUUCGACCGUUUCCAGAUUUUUGGUACAUCCUGUAUAUGUAUAUAUACAUAGGGUAUUUUAAAAGAGUGGGUGGACUAUAUGUAGUUAUAUUUUUGUCAUCAAGAUAAACAAAACAAUUCCUGUAAACAUAACGCUUAAUUAAGAAGUUAAUGCCGAAUCAAAAUUAUAAAAGAAU